AUGGAUCCGCUGCUUAUUUUGGACCUAGAAAAGUUUCAGCCUCGAAUUAUGGUGGCUUGGCCAACAGUGUUUGGAUUAACGGGCUAUUUCGCUGCUGUAUUCGAGACUGAAGAUUUUCUUCAUAAUCUCAAAGCUGCAUAUCCGAAAACGUCGAUUCCUGAUCCAGACAAUCCAAGAACGACUACAAUGAUGAGUGACAUGGUUAAAAUCGCAUCUACAGGACAAGGGUCCUGGUCAGCCAUCAUAACCACGGUGAUAGCCUCUAUCGCUGUUCUCGCUUCACCAACAUCAGGUGCAUCUUCUGAUUCUGCAUGUAAUGCUACCACAAUAAACAGCAAUACAUACUGGCAACCCACUGCCGGCACAACCUGGCAAAUUGAGCUCCUCUACAAACUAAACGAUACCUCUGUCGACGUCCAAGUCUACGACAUCGACCUCUUCGACACAGACGCCGACCAGAUCUCAUCCCUGCAAGCCGCCGGCCGGAAAGUGAUUUGCUACUUUUCAGCUGGAAGUUGGGAGAACUGGCGCCCGGACGCUGAUCAAUUCAACUCGGCCGAUCUGGGUGGUGAUUUAGACGGUUGGGCCGGCGAGAAAUGGCUCAAUAUCAGCUCGGAUAGCGUCAGAAAGAUUAUGACCGCACGAUUAAAUAUGGCCAGUCAAAAGGGUUGCGAUGGCGUUGAUCCCGAUAAUGUGGACGGGUACUCGAACAAGGAAAAUGCGCUUGAUCUGACACAAGAGCAGUCAAUUGGCUAUGUCAAUUUUCUGGCCAAAGAGGCUCAUUCACGGAACAUGGCGAUUGGACUUAAGAAUGCGGGCGAUAUUAUUGAGAGUGUGCUGGACAACAUGCAGUGGUCUGUUAAUGAGCAGUGCGUUCAAUACGGGGAGUGUGAUAAGUACACCCCUUUUACGGAUGCGAACAAGCCGGUUUUUCAUAUUGAGUAUCCCAAGGGGGAGGAUGUCAAUAAUGACAAAGAUGUUACGGAUGCGCAGAAGAAGAAGGCGUGUGUUUUUGAAGGGUCGGAGAAGUUUUCGACUGUGAUUAAGAAUAUGGAUUUGGAUAAUUGGGUUCAGUUCUGCUGAUUUGACGAUCACCUAGGUAGCUUGGGUAUAGAAAUGGAAGCAACUGUUG